AUUGGUACAAGCCAAACGCUGAGUUUGAGUUUGACCUUAGUUGUCUCGGUUCCAAUCCAAGGCCACCAAACCAUUGAGCCGUACAAAAGAGAUGGCCGUACUGUCGUAUACAGUCAGUGCACCACUGGAGUAGUACUCGGUAUAUCCUUAGUACAUAUUAAACUCUAUUGAUUGACUAUUCUAUGACGUAUAUAAGAUACGUAUGAUAACACACCGUGUGAUAAAAUUGCUUGAGUGCACUCAGUGCAAUGCCCAUUAAGUAUCGCUAUUGUCGCUGAAGCUAGUCGAUGGUCACAGAUUCAUAUAGUCCCAGCCCAAUUCUACCGCACUGUCUAGGCGUCGUCUAAAUUUAGCAGAAGUAACAUCGAUGCACCCGAUGCUUGUAAUUUUGAUAUUUCAGCUCACAAAAUCCGACGGUCGGCGGACGUUUCAAAACAAUAUUUUCACCGAAAACCGCACAAAUCCAUCGUUUGGCCCGCGCCGCUAGUUACAAGUGCAUGUUUUUCUGUGCUUCGACAUCAAAAAAAUCAAGGUUGUCGAAGAAUGAUUAAAGUUGAUGAAGACGACCCAGUGGGAGAAGUAGAACUUAGCUUUCCAUACCGAGAUGUGAAGAUUAGGAGAGGAGAAGACCCUAAGGAUUUUUAUACUUUGGAUGAUGAAGUCGGCAGGGGCAAGUUCGGCACAGUCUACAAAUGCGUCGAAAAAGUCACGGGGAUGAAACUAGCGGCAAAAUUUGUAGCAUGUCCAAAGAAAGAAGACAAGAAAAAUGUAGAGAGGGAAAUAGAUAUAAUGAAAACCCUGCAGCACCCCAGGCUGUUGCAGAUAUAUGAUGCAUUUGAAAAUGGGAAAAUUAUGACAGUUAUCUUAGAACUAAUAGAAGGAGGAGAACUUUUCGAAAGGAUCAUAGAUGACGACUUCAUACUAACAGAAAAAAGCUGCACAGUUUUUAUGAGGCAAAUAUUGGAAGGAGUCGAGUUUAUGCACAGACAAAAGAUCUUGCACUUAGAUAUGAAGCCUGAAAAUAUCCUAUGUUUAACAAAAACAGGAAACAGAAUAAAAAUAAUCGACUUCGGAUUGGCAAGAAAGUUCGAUCCAGACAAAAAACUACAAGUCUUAUUCGGAACUCCGGAGUUUGUGGCACCUGAAGUUGUCAACUUUGAAGCUAUCGGUUACGGGACAGAUAUGUGGAGUGUAGGAGUCAUCUGUUAUGUUUUGCUAUCGGGUUUAUCACCAUUCAUGGGCCACACCGACAUCGAGACGAUGGCGAAUGUAACAGUAGCAAAGUACGACUUUGACGAUGAGGCUUUCGACGAAAUAUCGGAAAAUGCAAAGGACUUCAUCAGGAAAUUGCUUGUCAAGGACAUGAAUACCAGACCGAGCGCGAAGGAGACACUCCAGCAUGUCUGGCUGCGCAGAGACACGGUGGUUUCAGAACUGGAGAUCAACAAAUCCAAGUUGAAACGGUACGUGAUCAAGCGACGUUGGAUCAAAGCGGUCAACACGAUCAUCGCUUUGAAGAGGAUGGGAGCAAAAGUGGACUUUUCACCCAUUCCGUCCGCACCCGAGCAAUAAGAAGUUCGAAACUGUCCAGCCGAAAAAUUAUUCAGCAUGGGAUAUAACAUACAUGUUUAUAAGACCGUUGAAGUCAAAUUCGAAAUUCAUUCAACGUCAACGCCUUGAGUUUCCAGCAUUGGCUCAAAUGAUCUUAUAAUCUGUGCUUUAUUUUAGCACAUUAUACAGGGUGUCCGCAAAGUUGGGGUUGUCCUUUUCAGAAACAACUACCCUUGAAAUAACAAAGGUAAUGUGUAGUGAACUGAGGGCGACCAAUUAAGAAAAAAUAAAGGAAAAGGUACUCACUCUCCACUUGACGAGAAGGGCUAAGUACGUCUCUGCCCGAAAUCAUACCGCUCCAACAGAAAAUGAAAUCAGCUGAUGCGCUACCGAGCAGAUGCAGGCGGUGGUGCAGACCACGAACAGAGGUAACAAAUAUGACGGCGUUGCCGCGUUUUCAGUUUUUAGGUAAACGUCCUUUAUAGGUAUUGUUCGAAGUUAUCGCCGUUUGAUUCAAAAACACAGGUGCGUGCACGACGUAGCCAAGCAUCGGUGCAGGCUUUGAGAAUGGAGUCCCUCCCCCGAAUGAAAGCACCAGCUUGUUCAAUUCUGAGACGAAGUUCGUCAACCGUAUGCACUUCAGUUUUGUACACUAAGCGUUUCAUUUCUCCCCAAAGAAAAAAAUCACAUGGUGUUAAGUCUGGAGAUCGUGGAGGCCACGCUACGGGUCCAUUACGUCCGAUCCACCUAUUCGGAAAUAAUUCAUUCAAAAACUCAAGCACUCCGCGUCUAAAAUGGGGCGGUGCACCAUCGUGCAGAAAUCACAUUGAUUGUCUUACACUUAAUAGCACAUCUUCUAACAAGGAAGGCAAAAUGUUGCGUAAAAAGUCUAGGUAUUGCAUCACGUCCAAUCGAUUUGGGAGAAUAAAUGGUCCAAUGAGCAUACCGUUCAUCAUGCCAGCCCAAACAUUCACCGAAAAUGUUUGUUGAAAAUGUGCCCGACGGACAGCGUGCGGAUUUUCUACUGACCAAACAUGAGUGUUGCGAAAGUUAUUCACCCCAUUACGCGUGAACGUAGAUUCAUCUAUCACCAAUAUGCACUUCAAAAAGUCCGGAUUAUUGUCAUGUUGAUGCAACAACCACUCACAAAACCGCACUCUUGCUGGAAAAUCGUCAGGUUGAAGGGCUUGUACACGUUGGACGUGAAAUGGAUACAGCCCCUCUUCACGCAGCGCUUGCCACAUUUUAGUUUUUGAUACUUGCACUUCUCUAGCCACGUCUCUAGUGCUUGUUGAAGGAUUCUCGUCUACUCGAUUCAGUAGUUCUUCCUCAACUUGCACCAUUCGUGCUUGUCUAGGCCUCCUACUGUGCACACCUCGAAAUUCCUCCAAAUGGCCCGUAUCCCUGACUCUCUGGACCAGGUACACAAAUCUGCGGGGCCUUGGAUGAUGUCGUCUAGGGAAACGAUCUGCAUACACUCGCGAAGCCUCUGCAUCAUUUUGAAGACAUUCGCCAUAAAUUAACAACAUAUCAACGAGUUCAUUAUUGGUGUAUGAGUGUGCCAUUAUUAAUUUUUUUUUUGAAACGCAAUCGAUUAUACGGGUUCGUUUACCUCUACACGCGUGACCGUAACCGUCGGUUGAAGGUUGCAUACUGACCGGACACACUGACCCCGACCCAGUUCUGUCGUCGGGUUGAGCCAGUGACCUUGUACCACUCGGUGAUGUCGCGGGCCGCGGCUACAGGACGGUAUUCAGAUAUUUUUGAUGUUGCAGAGCCCUUUAUCUCGGUUCCCUUAAGACAUUGGUGUAUAUGGUACUAAGAAAAAUUGCUUAUGUUUUCAAGAUCUACACGUCGUGUAAAGGAAAACGCCAACUUUGAGGACACCCUGUAUUUAUUUCUUUAAAAACCUGAUGUACUAAAGUUGAACGGCUCCUUAUUUCAGUAGUCCAGGAAGUAUCCCAAAUAUUUUGAUUCUAUCUUUAGCACAAUCUUAUCCAAAAAGAACAUCUUUCAACGAACCCGCGUGAUGCCAGUUCCAAACAUUUUUUUAAAUAUAUUCCAAAUUUUUUUCGCCUUGGGAUAGUUUUUGAGAUAUAAGCAAUUAAUAUUUAAAAAAGUGCGAAAUAAACAAUUUCCUCCGUAAAAUACAAUUUGAAUAAAUGAAAAUUUUCUGUUGCCAGGAACUAUAUUCAGUGUCGAAAAUGAAAUUAUUUCGUACUUUUUCUAAUAUUAAAUCGCUCAUAUAUCGAAAAUUAUCAACACUAGGAAAACGUUAGUUAGUUAUUUUUUUGUCACAAAAACGUAAAGGAUCGAGAAUGCUAUUUUUGGGGAUAAUAAAAAAAAUUCAUUUUUAACACAAUUUGUGGCCUGGUAACGUGCAGAGUGCGAAUCAGAAUAUUUGCCCCAGCAGAUGCAAAAAUACCUCCUGGAUUAAGAAGGCGACCUUACACCCUUCGGAACACCGAUUUUGCAGCAGAUAGAGAGUUGAUAGUGUAGUACAAUCCUAAAGUCUUAACGUGUACAACUUAUUAUUAUUAUUCCCUUCAAAAUGGUCAAUCUCACCGUUUGUCUCAAGUUCCAAAAAUGCUUGAAUGUAAGAAUUGACAACAUGUACUGUAAAAGACUAUUCCAAAUGCACUGCAAUGUGUCAACUAUGCGAUGUUUACUUUUACUGUCAAAUCAAACACUUUAUAAAAAAAUUCAGAUGCAAAAAAACGGAGAAUUUCAUCUCAUGAAGCUUACCUGAGACUCAUUAAUCAUCAGUUAUUAGCACCAAUUUUUCAAAAAAUGACCAAUGGUUUGCAUCGAAACUUCUUGACCAGAGAUUUUUCUCAAAAUCUAAAUAAAGUAUGUUUUUCCUUUGAUAAGCUGAAGACACCUUGUGCUUGAUCAAACGUUUCUCUUAUUUCAUGUACAAUUAUAAUUUAAUAACAUAUCCUAUUGAAUGAUGUACUUAAUAUAAAAAACAUAUUUAUUCAUUACUUACAAUUAAAAUAUGUUGACAAAUAAAUACUUUUGUAAAAUUAGUUUACAAGGAAACAUUACAAGAUGCCUAUUUUGAUAUAACCAUUUUCGUAAGUUAGCAUUUUUCAAACUUUGACAGAUGGUGAGACCGAUACUUUCGCUAGAAAUUUCCCCCUUAUUUUCUGGAGCAGCAGCCUAAUCGGUGACCGGAACGCCGUAAGGUCUCAUUGUAAGACGAAAAUGUCAAUAUUUAUAUAUUUUAUUUAUUGUUUAAUUUACAAUCAAAAUUAGCUGCUAUCAUAAUAUGAAUGUGUGAAGUAUGAGUUUGUUGCAUGCGCUUUUAUUAAAUUCUAUUUAACAUAUCGUAUUGAUUACUUGGAAUGAAGAAUAACAAGUAAUCUGAUAGACCUUGGUCAAAUUGACUUUUAUAUCGUACUGUUUGUUAAACCUGUUAAUUUUUGUACGUACAGUGUGCGAGUAUCCACUUUUUCCAAGAUAACUUUGUUAACAGAAGUUAAUAUCUAUACAACUUGAAUUAACAAAUUUCCUCUACUUAUCUUAGUAGUAUUGAGUAUUAUGAUUAGAAACAUACUGUAACUAAUAAUCUUACUAUUGUCCAAUUCAGAUUGUAUAUUAUUUUAUUGAAUAGGUGAGGUAAAGGGUGUAAGACAGGUUGAAAAUUAUUAUUGUCAAAAAUAGAUAUAAUUCCAUUAAACGUAUUAGACUAGGUAGCUAAGCAAAUAUUAUUUCUUACAUCAAAUUAAUAAUUUUUAAAUAAGACAGUUUUAUUCAAAACAUAGUACGAGCCUGCUGCAGGCUUAAAUUUGAUUCAUUAGUGAAUGUUUAAAAAUACAUAUACUGAUUUUAAAAUCAUUCAGAUCAGAUUAAGUUAGGAAAAUACAAAAUUGGUAUCUAAUCUAAAUUGAGAUUUAGGACAUUCCAUUUGAAAACGUGGAUUCAGUGCAAAUUUGCGAGUUUCUUCAUCAAGGAAGCUUUUGAUUCUCAGUCAACCGCUAUACUUUUUAGCUCAUCGUUUCCAAGUGUAACAGUAGUGUUUUUGUUUGAAGCAAGAUUUUCCUUGAUUUCGUUUAGAUUUUACUGAAUAAGUUGUCGUGAUUUGGUUUAG